AUGUUUAGAGAAGUUGAAAUCAAUAAUUUUCAGAGCCAUCGCAAGACCAGGCUGAACCUUUCUGAAGGAAUCAACCUGUUUACUGGUAACUCGGACUGUGGCAAGUCCGCCAUAAUGAGAGCGAUGUUAUGGACAAUUACCAAUAGACCUUCCGGUGACUCAUUUGUUAGCAACGCCAUCAAGGAUUCCAAGGGUAAGGUUAAAGGAGAGACCUCCGUGACCAUUGAUGGCGUUGCUAGAAUCAAGGGCAAGGAUUUCAACGGAUAUGAUGUUGAAGGUAUUAAGUAUGAGGCCUUGAGAACAGAUGUUCCGGUAGACAUCUUUGACAAGUUGAAUAUUAAGGACGUGAACAUUCAACGUCAGCUUGACGGCCCUUUCAUGCUCUCCAAUACUCCUGGCGAGAAUGCAAAGUAUAUCAAUAGCCUGGUGAACCUUGAAGUCAUUGAUGAUGCUAACUACUGGGUUGCAUCCAAGUCCAGAGAUGCAAAGACCGAAUUGAAGUAUCUUUCUGAAUCCAUUGAUGAUUUGGAAAAGAAACUAUAUGACGAAGAAAAGAUUCAGAAACUCCAGGAAAUCUGUGAUAAUUUAAGUGCCUGGAGGAGUAGAGAGCAGGAUUUGCUCUCCAAGAUUAACCGAGUAUUCUCCGAAAUCUAUGAAUUUGAGAAUCUUAUGAAUUCUAUGCCGGAUGAAAAUAAGGUUCAUUCUCUAUACAAUUACAUUGGGUAUCUUGAAGAUUCAAAUUCCAAGAGUGUACAGGUUUAUCGUGAAAUCAGCAGCCUACAGGAUUCUAUCAAUAAGGUGAAUGAAUAUACCUGGAGAUUACCGUCAGAAACAGCCGUAGAAUCGCUUGAAAAUAAGUUAGGGUACAUUUAUACCUCCCUGGAAAAACAAAGCAAUCUAUCGGCAAUUACAAUGGAUUUAAUCAGGCAGAUUUCAGUCAUUGAUAGAAUCAAGUUACCGGAUGUGGAUAAGGUGUCCAGGCUGAAUUCUAUCGCUGCUAGCAUUGGUAGUAUGGAAGAAAGCAUCUAUACACUUUCCAAUGAUAUCGGAGGCAUUGCAAGGUCAUCAGCAUCCGUGAAUUCCAAUAGUUCAAAGAUUAUGCACUUGCAGCCUCUGCUUGAUGAUGCCCAGGAAGAAUUGAAGGCUACUGCUUGUCCGCUAUGUGGCAGGCGAGAUUGCCAGGAUUUCUAUCGCAACUGGAUUGAUAAAUAA